AUAGGCGGUGCCGGUGGUAAAGGGACGUGGGGUAGACCUGGAAGUGAAUUGGUUGGUGUGGAGGAGGGCCUCGAAGACCCACACGAUCCUAACUAUGACUCUGACAGUGAGGACGUUUGCAAAUUUGAAGCCAUAACUCCUCCGCUCGAAGAGAAUGAAAUCGAGACCGCUUUGACUCCCAUUUUGAGCGAAUACUUCGAAAAUGGAGACACCGAUGAAGUGGCGCUUUCUAUUGAAGAGAUCAAUUUGGGAGAGAAUUUGCAUCAAAUUCUUGUGAUAGCGGUUACGCUCGCGAUGGAGAGGAAGGCCUCUAAUCGAGAGAUGACUUCAGUCCUCAUUUCUGACUUAUACGGACGCGUUCUCCACGAGGAGGACAUCGAACGAGGCUUUGAUAUAUUGCUGAAUAGUCUUCCAGAUCUGGUGUUAGACACUCCCAACGCGUCGACAGUGUUGGGUAAUUUCAUCGCUCGCGCGGUGGCCGACGAUUGCAUUCCUCCGAAGUUUGUGCGCCGAUACAAAGGUGUGGUGGAGUGCGCUCAGGCGCGUCUGGCCAUCGAACACGCGGACAUUCUCCUCAGUAUGAAACACGGUUUGGUUAAACUGGACAGCGUGUGGGGCGUCAGCGGAGGCAUGAGACCAGUCAAGUAUUUGAUAAAACAGAUCCAAUCACUUCUCAAGGAAUUCCUAUCGUCGGGAGACAUCGAAGAGGCCACGCGUUGUCUCCAAGAGCUCGAAGUUCCGCACUUUCAUCACGAGUUCGUCUUCGAAGCAGUCGUUUUGAUCAUUGAAGACAUGGGCGAGAGAGCUAUGGAUCUCAUUUGCGCUCUUCUCAAGUCUCUCUCCGCUUCAGCGAUCGUCACUUUGGAUCAGUUGAAAAAUGGCUUUUAUCGGGUGUUUGAGGAGAUGCCGGAAAUAAGCAUAGAUGUGCCGCUCGCCUACACUAUGCUCGAGAAGUUUGCGCUGAAGUGUCAAAAGGAAGGCUUUAUUCCGAACGAUGUCCUCAAGAAUUUGCCCUCGAGGGGACGAAAGCGUUUUGUGUCGGAAGGAGACGGCGGACGGGUUAAGGACGACGUUUACUGAACGGAUACCAAAUGAAAGACAUAAUCUAUAUCUCAAAAAUGCAUUCAAUUGUCUCUUUAUAUAAUUUUUGGCCAAAAUUCUAUUGAUAUAACUGUUCGUAAUUAUCCAAUAAUUUAAACGCUAUUUUUGGGAUAUAAAUCGGUUUUUGUGUUUUAAUUCAUGAUUAUUUGUUUACCUUUCAAGUCAUAUAAUAUAAAAACAAAUUCACUUAAGAAUAGAAAAACAAAAAACAAUAAAAAAAUAAAAUAAAAAUCAAUUAUUAUAUAAAAAGCAUUAAAAGAUGAGAUGAUGUCUGAAAAUGUAAAA